AUGACGGCGGCGACGGCGGCGACGCCGUGCACAUCGGCGCAGAAGCAGCAGAUGCUGUCGACGAUCACGACCGAUGCGCAGUGGCCGACGUGCCAGAAGGCGACGGCGCCGUACGAUUUUUACAAGUCGCUCACGCAGGUGCAACUGUUUGCGUCGACACCGGCGUGCGCGACAGUCUACAAUGGCUUCCAGGCGGCGAUCAAGGCGGCCAACUGCGACGAGGUGCAGAACUUGACGGGGCUCGCGGUUGCUCCUUUUGUGCAACUGACGUCGCCACCGACGACGAAUGCGACGGCGCCGACAACGACGCUUGCCACGACGACACCGACUACGACACCGACGACGACAACGACGACGCCCAAGUCGACGGCGCCAGUGCACGGUAUGAUGUUGACGGCGGCGAUCACGGCGCUCGCGCUUUCUCGCUAA